AGAAUUUUAAGAACAACGAGUCUUGCUGCGCAGACUCCGAAUGAACGAACUUGGCGCACGACCUUGUUCGCAUAAAAGGUCGGGUCAACGACCUUGUAAGAGAGUGGCGAAUUACCUUGGCUCAGUGACUUACGCUCGGUCUUUCCUUCAGAAAGCCGACGUUUUUAACGGAUUUUUUUUAUUUCUUUUUAUUUUUACUCUCACUGUUAGCGAAGGAUCAACGGAGCUGAGGAAUUACAGCAUUUUUUUAAAGGCAACGGAAAGACAUGAAGUUCCGUUACAUGCUAAAAUUAGAACAUCAAGUUACGGCCUCAAAAUACCCUCGCUGAUGUGGUCUAGUGUGGUGUAAGAAUGUACCGCAGGACAACCAUAUCCUGGUGGAAAAUCUGUGCGGCGCUUUGUCUGUUGACUACUGGGUCGUUGCUGCCGAAGCUGGCGGUCGUCGACGAGAGGAAGCCUGAGUCACAGAAGCUGGACCAGAAGAGGACCUUGUUCUCGAGGAAAGUCGAUCGCCACCCGACGACUCAUGUGCUUCUCUGGACGCAGAUGCGGUCGGGCUCGUCCUUCGCCGGGGAUCUCCUGACGGCCUCGCCUCACACAUUCUACACCGAGGAGCCCCUCAGAGGAAGCAAACUCAGUGGAAUGGCUGAAUCCGUGGAAUUCCUGAAGGACAUCUUGCAGUGUCGCUUCAGAGAGCGGCUGAGUUUCCUGGACAAGUGGAUGCACGGAGCGAACACCAACGACUACCGGACGAAGCUGCUGUGCCCUUUGUUCCGCGGCGUGUGCGAGGACGCGAGCCUCGUGGACGCGAUGUGCCAGGCCGCCCGGGCGAAGGUCAUACGGGUCGUGUCGCGGGAGCUGGGAGUGGCCGCCGCUCUGCUGGAGGAGGGCAGCCUCAGUGUGCGGGUGAUUCACCUGGUGCGAGAUCCGCGCGCCCUCCUGGCUUCGCGCGCGCGCUUCACGAACGGCAGCCACGGCAAGUACGUGCUGGGGGCCGGGAUGGGAUUCCGCCAGGAGGAGAAGGACCCUCGUCUUUGUGCGCCGGGAUUCCCCAGACAGGCGGCCAGGCACCCUUUCCUACGCCUCCACCCAGACAGGUACGUGUUAGUCCGGUACGAAGACCUCGCUCUCGAUGCCGACGGAGUGAUGCGGCGCCUCUACCCCUUCAUGGGCCUCCCCUACACCGCCGCCGUUGCCUGCAGGGUCGCCUUCCACACCAUUGGGUUUGGGGGGGACGACAGCGACCAUCCUUACAGCACCAUUAAGAACUCGACAUCGACCGUGUUCUCGUGGCGUCAGCACCUCCCCUUCCGAGACGUGGAGAGGAUUCAGAGGGAGUGCGGCGACGUCCUCGAGGCUUAUGGCUACAGGAGCUUCCACACGCCGGAGGAAUACGAGAAUGUGAGGCUGUCUCCGCUGUAUCUGUCAGCGGAGGAGGUGUCGUGGAUAAGAUACGCAUGAUCUUGUGAGGUUUUCAACCUCCCCCCCCCCCACCAACUCCUAUCCCCCCCACCCUUUCCUUGCCCCGAUCCUCCUAUCCUUCGUACCCUUAU